AUGCCAGUUGGGCAAACAACCAAGAAUGGAAAAGUGCAUUACAAAGACACAUCUUAUAAUGGAGUAAUUGUUAAUGGCUUUUACAAAAAUGGCACGGGAAUACCUACAGAUGGCAAGUUUGGCCCUGCUAACUCGAAAGAAUUGAAAGGCCUUCGAUGG